ACACAUUCGGCCCCUGCUCACCAAUAAUCCAGGUGACUCCCAGCCAUGAAGAAACUUGUCCUCCUCUCUGCCCUUGUCCUGCUGGCCUUCCAGGUCCAGGCUGAUACUAUCCAAAACACAGAUGAAGAGACUAAAACUGAGGAGCAGUCAGGAGAAGAGAACCAGGCUGUGUCUGUCUCCUUUGGAGACCCAGAAGGCUCUUCUCUUCAAGAUGCAGCCAUAAGAAGGGCUCGGCGGUGCCCACCAUGCCCCAGAUGCCCUUCAUGCCCAUCGUGCCCAAGUUGCCCGAGGUGCCCGAGCUGCAAAUGCAAUCCAAAAUAAACCUGCACUUGGCACCAAAGAUCCAAAUAAACAGCAUAAAUUCUGCUGCAGCUGAACAUGGAAUCUGGAUUAAGAUAAUCCGGGGUCUCUGGAACCUCACUAUCUGUCAAGACCCUUGUGCUUAGCCUUGAUUGCUCUUCCUUCUCCAAUAAAAACCUUGCAGA